CUUCCAUACAUUCCUCCUCUUUCCCAAGAGGAGUAGAUGGGAGGUGUGUCCAGUCCUGAGACUGGAGCCCCGGAGCUCCAGCUGGUGUUUGGCUGAUGACGCUAGACCAGGUGGAGGAAAAUCUCCUUACAGAGGAGGAAGAGGAGGGAGCCAAGAAUUAUACAGAACGGCAGUGAACGCAACACUCCAUUGACACACAAACAAACACAGCAGCUCCCGUCCCCUUCACAGGGAGUUGAGCCGGACUACCGGCUGCAUCCAUCCGUCCUGGUCCCGGUGCGGGUCUAUGUUCGAGGAGUCUCUCUUUUGGAGGCUUUAAAGCCGCAGCAAGCGGAUCUGCGAGCGGUUUAUAUUCUUCAGAGGUUGGCAGAAGGCGUCAGGAUGCUGUGGCUGCUGAUGAUCUGUCUACUUCCUGCAGUUGGCUGCAACAGAAUCGUCGCCCAGGACGUUUAUAAAGAAAGACACAGCCACGAGGAGGUUGCCGUGACGACGAGGCCUCACAUCUACUACUGCCGCUCGCCCAACAUGGAGGACUUCACCUGCUGGUGGCAUCCACUCGACAACCUGACAGACGGAGAGCAGGUCACCUACGUCUUUACCUACUCCAAAGAUAAGGGCCCCAAACAUGAAUGUCCAGACUACGUGACUGCCGGCGGCAACAGCUGCCACUUUGACAGCAGCCACACGAGCAUCUGGAAGGUCUACUGUAUGAACGUGAUGGCCAUCACCGCCCAUGGAAACUACACUUCCCAGGAGCACUGCGUGGAUGUGGCGGAGAUCGUUCAGACCGAAGCUCCGGUUAACCUGACCCAUGAGCUGGCCGAUGCUGGCGGGGACGAGAUGGGCCACAACGCACUGCUGUCCUGGACGUACCCGGUGCCCUCUGACCUGAAGUACGGGUGGAUCACGCUGGUGUACGAGUUGCAGUACAGACGCAUUACCGAACCCAGCAACUGGAAGGUGAAGUACCCUCUGCGGGAGCCUCAUGUGGAGCUGCUCGGCCUCCCCGUUGGCGACUACCAGGUCCGGGUUCGCUGUCGAUCGCACAACUCCCGCCUGUGGAGCAAAUGGAGCUCCUCGCUGCUGAUGAGCAUCCCCGCCAGGCCGCCCGCAGGUAGACUCCUGGUGUGGAUUCUGGUGUCGGGAGUCGGUGUCGUGGCUUUGCUGGUUAUCGCCUUUGGCAUUAUUCCACAGAGCAAGAGAAUAAAAGACUACUUCCUGCCGCCUAUUCCAAAACCACGGAUCAUCGGCAUCGACCCGUUGCUCCUGAAGCAGAAGGGGAACUUGGAUGAAAUCAACCGUCACUUCAGUAACUUCCACAGCUACAGACCUCCGAGCUACACUGAGGAGGUCUGGGAACAGGUCAACGCUGACGACAUCUAUCUCACCCCGACGAAGGACUGCAGUGUCCCAGUCGACCCAAUGGACAGGGAGAAGGAGGCCUUGAUGGUUCCAUAUCACCUGAUGCCUGUGGCCGCCCAUCAUCAGCUCACAACCCAAAACCCAUCAUCGUAUGUACUGAGCCUGUUACCCUACUGCUCCUCGCCUCCUGAAGCCUUCGCCUCGUCGCUGGACGUGUCUUCCCCGUGGCCGAGGCCAGAGAUAGUAUCUCUGCCAGGGACAGAGUACAGCGUGAUGAAACAUCCCGGCCAUCGCAGCGCCGUCCCUGCUCCUGACACACUCGCCACCAACCGCUCACCACAGGAUUUCUACACCUGCGUCCAGCUCAUGAAUGAAAGGGGCCAAGUGCAUCUGGUGCCGUGCCUCCCGCCGGCGUACAGCCAGGAGUUCCCACCUCUCCCGAAGCUCGAUUUAGAUGCAGGGGAUAAGGAGGAGAAGAAGAAGCAGUCCGACUACCAGGCCAGGAAAAACACAAUGAACCAACCGAAUGAUGGUGGCGAAGCUGAGAGCAGCGAGGCGGCUGACCCUUUGCUGCCCGUUGCUAUUGACAACCAGGGUUAAGCCGAGAUCCACAAAAACACAAAUAGUGUGAGCGCUGGUAAAUGUGCUAAAACAUGGAGACUGUCGCCAUGUCCAAAGUGAAACCGCAGGACAUCAGCCUCGGAAGAGCCUUUUUUAUUUUGCAAAAGUGCAAACCUCAAAUUGAAAAGUUUUUGUGAACAAAAGAAACAAUGCAAACUCUAUAGAGCACUAGUCCUAGCCGAGCAUUUUUUUAGGUCACCAACACAUUUUCCUUUGUAAAUGGUCUUACCAUGGUUUAGCAUUUUAGGCAAAGUGAAAGUUGCAAAUAUGAUUAUUUAUUGUGUAUAUAUAUAUUAGGGCUAUCACUUUCUAUUUCGAAAGUGUGUGUAAUGACCUGUUUGAAAUGAUCCAGAAGUGAUCCAGCAGAGCGCGCUCCACUAUCAGCUUGACCUAUGUUUAUAGAUAAGUUUGUUUUCGAAAUUCAUUUGGACGUGAUUUUUGGAUAAAGUGACAGCCCUAAUAUGGAUUAAAAAUCAAAGGCAACUUGUUUCAGUGAGAGUAAAGGAUCUAAAUGCUCAACAACGGCGUCGCUUUCAGGCAGAACAUCAGGGAAUUUAGAAGUAAGUUUGUUGGUCGAUGUGACGCGUUCAUCACGAAUUGACAGGGAUUGGUUGAAUUCGCAUUAAUUGUUGUGAUCGCAUUCCUAGUUAUGUUUUCAUCAGUGUAAAAUCACCUGAAAAUAAGAAUUGUCGUAUUUUGAAUUACCUUAGAAUUAGCCGUUUUUAGCUACAGACACCGCUGGUCGCCUUUGAUGGAGGCCGCCAUGUUUAACCACCAUGUUUCUACAGUAACCCAGAAAGGACAAACCAAACACUGGCUCCUAGAUGUGUUGUUUUAACGCAUUUGGUGGCCACCGUGGUUUCACCUUCAAUUCAAAACUAAAUUGUUGCAAACAGGCGUUCUGUGUAGAAUAAUAUGGACCUGCCAAGGAGUUUAACAGAUUUAUGGGUAAUGAAGUCACCUCGCAGAGAACGCAGCUGCCUCGUGCAGCUUUAAACAGAAAACACAAGAAUAAACGCUAACAAAAAUACCACACUGCCACAUGCUGCUUCAUCUCGUCACAUUCAGGAUGUCUUUCUCAGGAAAGACAUCCUGAGACAUCCUCGAGGUGUUGUUUCAGGUCUAAAAAAGAGACUUAAACUGCUUUUCUGCAUGAAUAUGUGGUGUAGUUGGGAUUUGGCGUUUAACAUAAGCUUGUUUGCACAUUCUUUAACUUUCCUGCUUUGCUGUUUAACAGACUCAAACCAGAUGUGGCAGUGCAUAUUAAUAUCAUAUCCCAGCUUGUUUUCAGUAUUCAGGAGAUUAUACAUGCAGUGGUACUUACAUGUGCCAAUUCAUUAAGGUAAUAUUUGAUUAUCCUUAUCAUGAGUGGAAUAUUAUUCUGCACCUAAAGGCCCUGAGUCUCACUGCGAAUAUCUCUAUUUUGCCCAUUCGUAACAGUCUUGGCGAUAUUUGUACGGGGAGAUUCAGAGGAGAAACCUACUAUCUUUCACAUAUUUAAAGCUGCAGUUGGUAACUUUUAUAAAAAAAACUACUUUUUGUCAAUAUUGCUGAGACUUUCCUGUCAUUAGUACAUAAAACAGAUAACUUAUGAAAAUAUGUGGUUCCUCGCCUAUGAUUGGUUGUUUUUAUUCGGGCCCGGUGGAUUCUCACAAACGUCAUUAGGAGCACUAGGGGGAGCCAGAGGAACCUGAUUAUUCCACAAAUAAUCCGUCUCAUGUUCUACUGUCAGGAUAUAGUAAACGUUUCAGCAAAUAUGACAAUUUUUUUUUAUAAAAAUUACCUACUGCAACUUUAAUCUGUAAUCCAAUAUCUUCAACGGAUUUAUUCCAAAAUACUCGUUCAAAGAGGUCAGAAAUAAACAAAAAGUAACUUUCACACCCUCAGGAAGACGUAAGGUGUGAAUUCAAGCUCCCAUUUCAAAAUAUCUGUUCACCAUAAUAAUAAUAAUAAUAAUA